GAGACAGGAGACAUCUCAGGCAAGGUUGAAACAACGAAAACAGCUGCGAGCACAAAAAAAAGAAAAGAAAGGCAGGCACAGGGAGGAGAGGGACGUGGUCAACCCCCCCAAAAAGCGAGCUAUGUGGCAAGAACAGACUGGGAGGGCGAGACUGAAUCCGUACGGUUGUUCCAACCACCAGACUACCAGCUACGGCUGCUAACGGCUUUUAGCAUCGGAGUCGACUUUCGCCCCCUUGGCUACCUGGAAUGCGACAACGCAGCAGCCCGCACGAGAGAUAACAACAAAAAAAAGGCCAAACUCCCAAACGACACGGACACGUCAGCUCGGGCUGCCAGGCUGUGCGUUUUCCUUCGGAGUGUACUUUUACUGUUCGCAGAUUAUUCCCUAAAAGGCACCUGUAGCUUUGACAUGACAUCACCCUGGGCCUGACACAAACGGACUAGCUGAACCGAGCUUCAGGCUCACCAGUGAAGGAGGAAGGAAGCGGAGUCAACAAACCGCCAAAGAGUCGACAGCAAGAGCAGCCUGACCUGGUGGACGUAGACUACCAGAAGAGGACAGAGAGGAAAAGUUGACCAUCCAGCCACUAAACGGAGGAAGGAAGGAAGGAGAGAGAGACGGAGGGUGAGACAGCGAGGGGAAAGAAAACAACACCUUCGCGUUAGGGGACUCUGAGGGGAAUGAACCUGCCAUGAUGCAACAGAUGUGUCACACGCCGCGCCCAGGGGACGAAGGAGGGCGCGUCAGGCUAUCGGCUAACCGCAGAAGAAGCCCCAAUAGAUUUAUUUCCAGAUCUAGUUCAGAGAGUUUUCCUCUCAAGAGCUUUAUGCAUUACUGACAUUCUGCCCAUGUGGUGGUAGUUUUCGUGCUCACCUCCUUUACUCUCCGGGGAGUCUUUACGUUUUCCUGAUUACCCAUCAUGGGAUGUUGGCGUCGUUUCAUGGCAGCUGCCAUGGAGAUAGACCGAUUUCUUUAGCAGACCAUUUCAUACACAACCUCCAGAUGUUGUGCCGGAUGCAGGUUGUCCACACGGGCAGAAUUGGACAAGGACAGGCACAGAGGUUCUGUGCGACUCAGCUUCCUACUUCGGGCUGCUCGACAACUUCCCAGCAGGAAGUGUAAAACUUCCCCUACCUGUGAAACAUCUUCCUCUGCCUGCUGGCACUUGUGAGGAACUACUUGUUCCCUGUUGCAAGUUAGUCAAGACUCUUGUCCUCCAGCAGAGAAACCAUGCGGCACAUUCACGUGGAGUUAGCCCACAAGAAGGCUCCAUUAGAGCUUCCAGCCCAGGAGGGGGACCUGCCUCCACCUACAGCCCCGACACAUGGCCUAGAUCCCGGUGUCAGACCGGGGGCGCCCAGGCACUUCGGCCAGGAGGAGUUGCGCCUCCAAAAGGUCUACCAGCUCUCCAUUUUCUCCCAGUUAGGGGGAUUUACUACCUCCACAGAAACCCACACUGAUACCCAACAGAGGCCUGUCAGGUCGGGCGUGAAAAGGGGGCUAGAGGAGCCACAAUUGACUCAUAAGCGCCUCCACUUGGGGGACUUUGCAGACAAUGAGGCGUUGGAGGGAGGGGUUCUGUGUGGGCCAGCCCCAGCUCAAGGUGUUGGGGUGGGGUCAUCGGUGGGCCCUGCCGGGCCUGGUUCCGUGUACUCUUGCACACAGGUUGAGCACAGAGACUCUGAGGGGGGGCUGUCACCCAGGUCUCCUCCCCUCUCCCCAAGCCACAACCCCUCCCGACGCCCGACUCAGCACAACCACGACAGGCCCAUUCCUGACGUAUUCGCUCCGCUCUCACCUAAGUCACCCACCAUGUGUGACCAGCAUGGACCUCUCUUUGACCGGGGCCAUUCCCUCGGUAGCUCGGCCAGGACUGAGCCCCCUAACGGGGGCCACACGGCCACCUAUUCACUAGGGGGCCCUGCAAUGGAGAGCUGUGGUAACGGCUCAUCCGGCGGCCAGCCCAGCCCCCACUUAUACGAAAUGUCCAUGUACGAGACUCCCAACCCGGCAAGUCCCACCAGCCCCCCAGGCCCCUUCUCACCCCCGCACCACACAGAACUGCUGGAGCCGGGGGAGGCCACCGAAUGGGAAGUUGGACUUGAAUCCUCUCCACCUGAGCGAAGUGCGACCCAGGCCGCCUCCUCAUCCUCCAAUGGCCUGGCUUCCUGCGAGAAAACUCCAAGCAGCAAUGGCCACCGUCCAUCCCCUGGAGGCCACUGGCCAGCCAAAAAGCGCCUGUUGCCCCCCGGCGACACGGGGGAGUCGUGCUCAGAAGAUGAGGGCCCCUCCACAUCCAAGAGGAGCAGGCUGUCGCUGCUGGCUCCGGGACUCGGCCCCGCCUCAUGCCGCAGCACUGAUGCCAAGGCCGCUCCUUACUGGAACCACCUGCUGCCCUCAAAAUGGGACCGGCCGAAGACCUCCACAGACUGCACAAGAUCAGAGAGACGACUCAAAAGUGCGCUGCGACUGAAAAGUCGUCAGCUGCGCAGCGGUCGCUCCACGCGUUCCAGUCGGCCCUCGUCUUCCAUCAGCAGAUCCCUGCUUGGAAACUUUGAGGAGUCCAUCCUGAAGGGACGAUUCUCCCCGUCCGGCCAGAUCGAGGGCUUCACGGCGGAGAUCGGUGCGAGCGGCUCUUAUUGUCCACAGCACGUCACCCUGCCGGUGCAGGUCACAUACUACGACAUCUCAGAGCACAGCGCGCCCUCCCCCUUCCUGGGGGUGAUAUCUCUCGAGCCUCUUGGAAAGAAAGGAUACAGCAUACCCAAAGCAGGGACCAUUCAAGUGACCUUAUUUAACCCCAACAAAACUGUGGUGAAGAUGUUCCUGGUGACCUACAACUUCAGCGACAUGCCCGUUAAUCACAUGACCUUCCUGCGCCACCGCAUCUUCCUGAUGCCCGUAGAGGAGGGCGUCGAAGGGAAGGACGAGGCGUCUCCAGGUGGCAGAGUGCAGGAAAGGAAGAAGAUUCUCUGCUACCUGAUGCAUCUCAGAUUCCAGAGCUCCAAAUCUGGGAAGAUCUACUUGCACAACGACAUCCGGCUGCUAUUCUCCCGCAAAUCCAUUGAAGUGGACACGGGGAUCCCUUAUGAGCUGAAAUCUUUCACCGAGGUGCCAAGAAACCCUAAAUACUCCCCCCGCGUGUGACCCCAGCUUGACCCUUUGACCCUCCCCAACGCCAAUGCAGCCCCUCCUGUGCUUCCUGAAGAAGAGGGAGGAAAACAGACAAACUGCUGGAAUGAUGGACACACUACUUGAUAAGACUUGAUCAGACAUGCCACAUGCACACCAGACACACGUGCACAUAUGAUACAGUGCUGUAGUAAAUGUGCUCCUUUUCGUGCUGUUGUUGACAUAAAACAUGGCAUUCCUUGUAACUUCCAUUCAUUGACAAUUGAAAAGAAAACAUAGUGUGAGAGCAGUUCAGCACCCAUGCAGGCGAAAGCAGGACGUUUACUACACUUGUAUCUGUACAUAAAAAGAAAUGCACAAACAACGCCACACACACACAGCACAUACCACACACGUCACAGCUGAAGCACUUCUAGUGGCGACUCUCUGCUCGGAGCUCAGUGUUAACAUGCAUGCCUUGUGACUUAAACACCUGAAUUGUCCUCUAGUGCCGUAUCACACUGUCCUUCACUCUGCCUGCAGCUCCAACCGCCUCAUCGGACCAAUGAUUGAAAUCUGACAAAAGUCCACAAACAAACGGCAAGUCCCCGUUUUUAUUUUAUUAUUUUUAAGUGAAGAAAAAGAACCCCCCCCCCCCCCACUACUACUCCCCAACUUGCACCCUUUCUGACCAGCAGCAAGGAGACGAGCCGAGACACAAACACUAGUGAAAGCGAAGGCUGGAACGGAAUCGGCCCUCUCGCGUUGUCACUCGUCAUUUGGUCUAAAACAAUGACACGAUUCGACAAAACUCAGGACACUUGUUGAAGAAUACAUUUCUCUUCAUACACCUUCACAUAUCAUGGUACAGGCCGCUGCAUACACGUCCCCAAGGAGGAUCGUACCACAAA